AUGACUGCAACCAUUCCCAUACCAAAUAACCAAACCGCAAACACAACUCUUCCCAGCCUCAUUAGUUGUCCUUUGCUUUUACCUCGAAGCGCUCCGGCACAGAACGUACACGAUUUAAGACCGGAUGACAUCCGUAUUGUCAUUGGUCUGGGUGACAGUGUCAUGGCCGCUUUUGCUGCUAAGGGUGUUCAAAAUAGAUUUUUAAAUAUAGAAAAUCUUUAUGAAAACAGAGGCAUCUCUUUUGCUAUGGGUGGUGACCCUGGAGUAAUGACCAUGCCCAAUAUUUUAGCACAUUAUUCUCCCAGUUUACUUGGUGCUUCGCUCGGUGACCAUGUCAUUAGUAUAUGUUUUGGUAAUCAAAUCUGUCCUGAUGGCCAGUAUAGAUCCAGCAUUGAUGUAUUAAAUGCAGCACAAUCUGGCGCUCGCAGUCUCAAUAUUAAUCAUGAAAUUGAUUACAUUAUGGAUGAACUACAAGACCUGUAUGACGCAGGAACAGUUAAACCUACGGAUUGGAAACUCGUUACUGUUUUCAUCGGUUCCAACGAUAUUUGUCAUUCUUGUACAGAAAUGACAUCUUUACCUCCUGCUUUUCAUGUUAAUGUCUUGGCCGGUAUAGAAAGAUUACGGACUUCCAUGACCAAUGUGCUUGUCCAGAUAGUGGGUAUGAUGAAAGUGCAAGAUAUCGUGGUGCAAAGCUCAAAUUUUACAAGCUACUGUCAACCCAUUAAAGGAAGCACAUUUAUUGGUCAUGACCAUGAAUGUGAGUGCUCUCAUUCGGAUCAAAACCGUACCAUGAUGUCCGAUCUAUUUCCCGCAUACAAUACUGCGUUGGAAGGUAUUGCACAACAUUAUCAAAAUUUGACAGCGGAUAUAGAUCCAAGUUUUGCUGUGGUAUUCCAACCUUUAUUGGUGGAUAUCAUGAGUUUUCCUAUUGAAGCCAUUAGCAACAUUGACUGCUUUCAUCCAUCGGCCUUGGCUCAUGCAUGGUUAUCCAAAAUGCUCUGGUAA